AUGGGCAAGGCAGCGCCAUCCACCGACCGUCAAGCGCGGCGCCACAACCCUCUCCAGGACGACAUCCUCGCGACCGGCAUCCUGAAGAACAAGGCGCCCAAGGUCAAGAAGGGAAAGAAGACCAACGAAGACGACGAGAAUUAUGUCGACAACAAGCAGAGCCAGAACAUCCUGAGGUUGGGCCGCGAACUUGCCGAGGAGGAUGAGGGGCCGAAACCGGCAGCCAAGCCCACGGUCGACAUGUUCGGCAUUGAGGCGAGGUACGGGUAUCGAGGCGCCCGACGAGGACCGCCAAUGUACCGCAAAUUCAUGCCCGACGCAGGCGAGGAGCCGUCGGACAUGCUGAAAGAGGCCGGCUGGGGCACCAAGGGUGGGGACGACGACAUGGGCGGCGGCGGCGGCACCAAUCUGACCGAGCUCAUUCUUGACAAGAUUGCCGCACACGAGGCCGCCGAAGCGCGUCGGGAGGCUGGUCUGCCGGUAGACGAUUAUGAGCUCCCCCCCAAAGUCGUCGAGGCCUACACCAAGAUUGGCCAGAUCCUCUCUCGCUACAAGAGUGGCGCCCUCCCCAAGCCCUUCAAGAUCCUGCCGACGCUGCCGCACUGGGAGGACAUUAUCGAGGUGACCGAGCCCGCCAAGUGGACGCCCAACGCCGCGUACCAGGCGACGAGGAUAUUCACCGCCUCGACCCCCGCCACGUGCCAGAAGUUCAUGGAGAUUGUCAUGAUCGACAAGGUGCGCGAGGACAUCUACGAGACCAAGAAACUCAACGUCCAUCUUUUCAACGCCCUCAAGAAGAGCCUGUACAAGCCCAGGGCCUUCUUCCUCGGCUUCCUCUUUCCGCUGCUGUCCAGCAACUGCACGCUGCGCGAGGCACACAUCAUCUCGGCUGUCCUCGCCCGGGUGUCGGUCCCCGUUCUUCACUCCGCCGCUGCCCUGAAGGGCAUCACGGAAAUGUAA